GAAGGCGGGGAGCAGUUGGCUCGGAUAGUCUGCUGAUUAGCAACAAACAGAAGGUUACGAGUUAGAAAAUUUUUGAUAAUUUUCCAACCAGAGCGCCUCCGCGGCUACAGGAGCAGGGUUAACUAUGCCGGGGGCCUAACCGGAGCUUGUUAGGUGGCUUUUGGGAGCAAAAGGCGGGCAUUUGUGAAAUUUCGGAGGCUUUCGCGGCGAGAAGGGUGAGAGAGAGAGAGAGGGUCCGCCUCGCUUUGAGAUCGUUUCAAGCGGCGAUGCUUUAGCUGAUAGCUGCGUCAUCAUGUUGCUUCCGAGUCGAGUUGGCGAGAAGAAAUCCCAAGUUAACGCCGGGAGGUGAGGCUGCCCGCCGACAUCCAGCCCCGGAGGCCACUCCCGACAGUUGAAGUGCGUGGAAGACGAGCUGCCGGAUCAAGACGGAUUGAUCUGUUUCUGUUAUCACAUCAACGCGGACUUUGUCUCAGGUCAGCUGGGAAGGUUUCUGAACAGAAGAUCUGGUUAAAAAUGGACGCAGGGCGCAGUUUUUAUGCGUCCAAGAAGGGGAUGGAGUCUGCGGGGCGCAGGUCCUCUAACUUUGAGGUGAUUGACGGGUUGCUCUACCGCAAGAAGUUUGAAAAGGGCUUCAUCCACUACCGGGAGGUUCUGGGGGAGGACAGGAGGCAGGAGGCCAUCUCCACCUUCCACAGGAGGAGACCUGGCCAGCGUCACCUCUCCCUGGAAGAGACCUAUAAAUGCGUGGCUGAGAACUACUGGUGGGAAGGAAUGUACUUUCAGAUCAGAGACUUUGUCCUUCACUGUCCACAAUGCAAGAGUCUGCACAGUAAAACAUCAGCGGGGUUUGAUGGAAGGAGAUGCGUCUCCAAGACGGUCCCAUCACAUGGCGCCGACUUGCUCAGCAAGCUGAGGAGUCAGAGGGAGGCGGGGCUGUUCUGUGACAUCACCCUGCGAACGAACGGCGGAUCCUUCUCGGCUCACCGAGCCGUCCUGGCGGCUGUCAGCGAUCACUUUCACGAAGUUUUGGCUGAAAUGGACUCGAGCAAGAUGGCAGACAUAGAUCUCUCUGGUUUCAGCGAGGACAGUCUUUUGUCUCUGCUGGACUUCUCCUACUCCUCCACCCUGCGUGUUCAUCAGGAGAACCUACCGGAGGUCUGUGCGAUGGCCCGUCACCUGGGCAUGUGGCCUGCAGUGGAAGCCUGUGCGGCUCUCCUCAAAGAGCAGGAGCAGCAGCUCCAUCUUCCUGGAAAGGCGUUCAGCUCAGCUCGCUCUGCCUCAUUCAGUCAGAGCGCCCACCAGCAAAGGGAAGGGCUUUUAAAACUAGAGAACAUGAAUGAAGGCUUUAGUCUGGUACUAGAGACGUCCGAUGAGUCUUUGUCAGAAAGUCCAAAGCGCAACCUGCGCAGAACGCCAAAACCUCAGGCUGAGAACGGCCUCCCUCUGAGUCCCUCACACAGGAUGAAGCUCAUGGACUUUAAAUCUCCCUCUUCCAAAAAAGCCAGCACACCGCGCCAUGGCAUCGGCGCCUCUCGGUCCCAGAGUUACUCCCCCGUAUCGGUGUCAACCCCCCGUCUCCUCCGCUCCUCUCCUGGAGCCGCCAAAGAAGUUCAGAGGUUCCUGCCGAAGCCAGAGAUGCCUCAGAAGAACCGAAAAUCUCACUCUAUGUCAUCCAGGUCGCGACAGGGCACCUCCUGCAGCCCGGUGAGGGUAAAACAGGAAGCCGAGGAGGUGGGAGAAGACGAGGAGGAUUAUGCAAGAGCGCAGGAGAAGUACAAGCUCAUGAACGUCCUCGGGCUCCAGAGGACCGCUCUCCUGCCCCGACCAGAAGAUCUCAUCGGCUGGAGGCAAAAGAAACGACUUCGGAAGUUAAAGGCCAACAACUAUUCCCUGACUAAGCGGCGGGAACCACGACCUUCACCCCCCAGAACCUCAUAUGAGGACGUGAAGCUGUCGCUUCCUCUCUGCAACCCUGUCAACACACAACUCCUCAAAAAGUCAGUCAAGUCCAAAGGUUUGGGCUCCAUCCAAAAGAUUUCAGCUAAGAGGAAGCAAAGUCUCCAGCAGCUGAUCCCUCCUACUGACAGGAGCAUGAGAAGUAAAGGGGUCCUACCGGACCUGUUCCAGUGGACCUCAAUGCCGGUGUUUGGUGGGAGGGAGCUCAGGCGGUCUGUGAGGAAGGGGGAUGCUGCCCAGCAGCCUCUGCAUUACAGAAAGAAGAAAAGCUUGGCAAGAAACGCGGUUAAAGUUAAAGCAGAAACGACUGAAUGCUCCAUCUCAGGUCUCAGGCACUCAUCACAAAGUGGACACACGUCUCCAAGUCCCCUGCCCUCGCAGAGGACGCAGACCAGACAGAAGGUCGCCGCAGAUGCGGUGAAAUCGCUGCGGUACAACAGCAGCCGACCGGCAGCCAAAGCUAAGCUGAAACGGGCCUCCAUGAAAGAGGGGGGCGGGGCCAAGGGCAAGGUCAGAGAGGACGCAAGACCCAAAGGGAAGGUUUCUGAACCCAAUGGCCUUCCAGAACACCCCCCUCAACCUUCUCUUUAUAGUCACCCCCUCUACAAGGCUAUUAAAGAAGAACCAGCAGAACCGGUGCCGGUUGGACCUUUCCCCGAUCCUCCCUCUCCAGACCUGGGCAAGCGGCAGAGCAAACCCCCCAUCAAGCUGCUGGACUCAGGCUUCCUGUUCAGCUUCUGUCGGCCGGUGGGGGGGUCCGGGACAGGUGUGAAGAAGGAGGAGGAGAGUGUAGCUAUCUGUCUCACCCGAUCCGUGUCUCAGGUUCCAGCAAAAUUCGAGGCAGAAGGAAGGGCGCUGAGGGCCCGGGGCCCCACCGGCCUGUGCCUGGGGAGGAGGGAGGAGAGGAGAGCUGGACACGGACGACUUCUGAGGCACAGACCGAAGUCCAAAGAAACCGGAACCCAUCUGGACAAAUGUGCUGGGUCCAAAACAUCUAAGAAGACGCCAAAGAAACAAAAUAAAGUCCUCGCCCUGAGCAGCAGCAGAAGCUGUGCCAUGAUGGACCCGGUACAUCGAGCCCGGCUCAAGCAGCUUCGAGGGCCUCGGAGUCAGGCCCCCAAAGUCCCAAAGGCGUCCCACGCCUGCCUGCAGUGUCCAGCCGCCUACAAGGACUGCGACGCUCUAAUUAUGCAUCAGCUGAGGCACAUUGAUGGAAAGCACUGGCCCUGUCCGCUCUGCAGCAAAAGUUUCUUCAGGCUGAGGAACGUCCGGAACCACAUCCGCACCCACGACCCAAAGUUAUACAAAUGCCGCAGCUGCAUUGCGGCCGGUUCGUGAGGCGGCUGCUUCCAGCCCAGGCGCACAGAGGAUGAAAGCCAUCAGUGUCUCACCAGCAGCCAUCAGACUGAAGCCGGAGACGCAUGAUGGAUCCGCAGCUUGUACAUACCGAAUCCAGACACACUCGAGCACAACGGUCUGCAGAAAGGCUUCACUGCUGUUAUCAACAACUACUAUAAUUAUUUAAAUAACCAAACCAAGGUUGCCGUUCCUGUUUGCUUCUUUGGUAGCUACAGAAACUUGAACAUAACUCUCAGGGGGGUGGGGAAUAUGAUGCCACGGUGUAAAGUGAUUCCAUAUCACAGUUGUAUAAAAAGAGAAAAAAAAAAGAAAUGUAAAGUGAUUGUUAUAAUUAUUACGGCUACUUAUUGUUACCUUUAUUUUUCUAUGUAUAGAUGAAUGUGGAGUGCACUUAUGUCAUGGCUUUUGUUGUAAACCUAAGAAACGGUGAUGAAGCUGAAGGUUUGGAGUCUGAGGUGGCAAUACUUGAAGUUGGAAAAGGUGGGGUCCACUUGGUCUUUUUCCUGUCCUGUGCUGAUGUUUCAAUGACUUGACGUCUUUUGGCAUUGAUUUGGCGGGGAAUGGGGUGGGUGUACGAAGACACCACUGCAUGUGUAUUUUCAGGCCAUUUGUAGUCCUCUGUCUUUUCUAAGGCUGCUGGGUUUAAAAAAGGGAAAAGUGUCUUUUUUUUUUUUUUAAAUGUGAAUUUCUUAACUUUAUUCAAGACGACAACGUCAUGACAGAUCAGAGGUUUUAUUAAUCUCCUUUUUAAUGCAAGACCAAAUUCUCUUGCUCUAAUUAAAAUUUCCCCUCCUACUGAAUAAAUGCAAUGUGCACAUACAGAGAUGUUUAUGUAUCACAAAUUGAUUUUAGAAAUAAAUGAGCUGUCUCCUGCUAUCUGUUAAAAGAUUAAAUAAAU